UGGGCGAUUUAGCGAAUGUCAACAUCCAACAUGGCGACGCCUCUGUGCAGACGCGUCUUCCCGAAUUCCAAAGUUUUCGGCCGGUUUUCUCAGUGCCAGAGAGGUAUCAGGACGAACGCCACUUUCUCCCGUGUCCAGCGGAAUCAAAAGUAUUGUCUGUAUGGCACGGCAGCCGCCACUUCUCUUUAUUUCGGGUGGAAAUGGCUGGAAAAUAACGCCGUCGUGGAGGCUGCUCGACCCUCCAGGAGGAUGAUGGAAGAUCAGUCUCUGCGGGGUCUGAAGCUCAAUCAUCGUGAACGUCGGUUUAUCAAGUUUGCCUCUGUUGAGUAUCAGGGACAGCUCUACAUGACUCCUCAAGACUUCAUCGAAUCAGUCACAGAUUCUGAACCUAGACCUCGGUUGAAACGCAGAACCUUGUGGGAUAAAGACUUAGACCGUUUUCAUCAAGAAACACCAUCUCUGUCUAAAGGAUCGCCAGACAUGUUCCGCACAAUUUUUGACAAAGGUAUUAUAUCGUAUACUGAAUAUCUCUUCUUGCUGUCAAUUCUCACAAAACCGCAGACUGGGUUCCGCAUAGCUUUCAAUAUGUUCGACACUGAUGGAAACCAAAGGGUUGAUAAAGAAGAGUUUCUUGUGUUAAUGGAGAUGAUAACAGCUGGUGUAUUUCAAGCAUAUGCCACCUGGGUAUCAGACACAGCUUCAGAUAGUACAGACGUCAAGACCACAAAAAAGAUAGAGGCAACAAAGCAGGUCGUAAGUGAGCUGCUCAUGGGCCGAGACGCCAAGAAAAACCGUGUGGGGUUGGAGAAGAUCUUCAGCACUGCAAGGCGUGACCGACUGAAUAGAGCAUUGGAAGGUGUCGUAAAAGUUGCAGAUGAAGGACUAUAUCCGACAGGUGAGGAGGAGGCUGAGCCUUUGGAGGAUGAGUUGCAGAAGAGCCAUGUCGUCGAUACCACCUUGCUUGUACACUUCUUUGGACGGAGAGGAAAACAAGAUUUGAAGUUUGAAGAGUUUAAAAUGUUCAUGGAGAAUCUUCAAACAGAAGUACUUGAAAUCGAAUUCAAUGAGUUUUCAAAAGGUUUGCCCGCCAUUACAGAAUUAGAUUUUGCGCGAAUCCUCUUACGGUACACUUACUUACAGUCUGAUCAGUAUGAAAUGUAUUUGGAGAGGCUUCUUGAUCGCAUUCCUGAUGGACAAGGAAUUACUUUUAACGAGUUCAAAUCAUUUUGUCAGUUCCUCAACACCCUAGAUGACUUUGCCAUUGCCAUGCGAAUGUAUACAUUAGCAGAUCAACCCAUCUCACAAGAGGAAUUUCAUCGAGCAGUCAAAAUUUGCACAGGUGCUGAAUUGAGUUCACACAUUGUUGACACUGUCUUCAAAAUAUUUGAUGAUGAUGGUGAUGGCCAGCUGAGUUACAAAGAAUUCAUUGCUAUCAUGAGAGAUCGUCUGCAUAGAGGGUUUAAGACACAGCUGCCUAGUGAAGGUUGGGAAGGUUUCAAAGCGUGCAUCAAAGAAGAAAUGACUCGUGAUGACCCCAGUACACCAUCCCUCUAAAGCAAGAGGCAAUGUGUAUGAAAAGUGGAGUACUCCAUAAGUUGUAUGCUUUCAUGUAUUUAAAAGUGAUACUGUACUUGUCUAUGCAUGAAAUGUUGCCCUUGUUUUGACAAGCGCAAAAUUUACCAAUGAUUUGGAUGACAGGAGUUUAUUGGAUUGUAAUGUUAGCUCAGAUUUUCUCCUUGCUAUUGAAUUUCUGAUUGCGUAGUUGACACAGUAGGAUUCUGUUCAUAUCUUUAGUCUUUCAAGCAGUGGCAUAAACUGAAAAUAAUUUUUACCGGCUCUCUAGAUUUUUUCAGUAUGUUGCUUUAACAUUCUAAAUAGGCUGUUAAGGGAUAAUUAUAAUUGGAUGGAAAAUGUGCUGUAUUGGUAACGUCUUAGAAUUGGAUGUACGUACUCAAGCGAAAUUUAGUUAAGACAACUUUGACUGAAUUGCAGAAGCAGUUGAGCUUACAAUGAACAGUAUUAAUUAGAUUACCUAUAGUUAUUUAAAUGAUACUACCAAAGAUGAUUCAUAAUUUUUGGGCCCAAGUUAUUGGGUACUCAAGAUAUUAAGAUAACUGUUGUUAUUGUGGCCCAUUUGACAACAGAUUAGUAAAUACAAUUGUGCUAAGGAAAAUGUGAUGAACUAGAUUGUCAUUACUUAUAAUCUCAUGAUUGUUCAUGAAAAAUAUUCUUACUGUAUUGGACACUAAAUUGCAUCCCUCACUAGCCUUCUGAAGUGAAUGGCAGAAAACAGGCUGAGAACUGCCAUUAUAUUACCUAUGAAUGCCAUUGUUACACAUUGUAACCCGAAUUUAGGCUCGUAGGCAUGCUGUUCAGGGCAAUGUAAGAUUUUAUGGUAGAUAAGAUAAAUUGUUGUAAAUUAUUUUCUCUUUUAAACACAUUUUAUUGUGCAGUGAGUCCUCACUUAAGAGUAACAAACUUGCCAAUAUUUAGGAGUAAUAAAAUUUGUAUAUAAAACUAUUUCCCUUUGGUCACAGUUAUAAGAAAAAAACUUAGGUUUGUUGAAGAAAGGGAAGAAUAUUUAAAGUUUUAUUUCGUCUGGAAUCUUUUUAUGAAAAUUUUAUCCAAAACUACUCGUGAGACAGAUUCUGUGUAGAUAUGGCAUUAACCAGGCCCAGUUACUUUGGUACAGGAUUUACUGUAUUCACUAAAUAUAAGAGGUCAUAAGCAGAACUUUGAUACUAUAUACUUUAA